AUGAAAAAUCCCCUAUCCUUUCGUUGCGAUGAUUCUCGAUCUCCAACGUUUAGGGUUGAUGAAUUUGCUUCUUGGCUGACUUCAAUCUUAACAUUAGAUGAUAAAGAGAGCGAUGAUAUUUUGGGAUUUUGGUCAAAUCAUUGUCAACCUUUUUCUAAUCUACUAACCACCGCACGUCAUACUUUUGCUAUUCCUGCAUCAAACACGACAGUUAAAAGACUUUUUUCUGGCUCAAAAGAUACAAACAUCAUUGAUGGUGUCGAAGCAACUGCAUCAUCAACAACGCCAGCUAAUGCUACACCAAAUAUAACAAUAGCAGCUAGUGCUACAUCAGAUACAAUAACAGCAGCUAUUGCUACACCAAAUAUGACAACAUCAGAUGCUGAUAUUACAGAUAUCAUAAAACUGAUUAUUCAGUUACAGGCACAAAAUGAAGCAAUUCUAGAGCAAAUAAAGAAGAUACACGACCAAAAUCUACAGCUUCGCAAUGACAUUCAAUCUCUUGUGAAGAGCACAAAAUGA